CUACCUGCUUUAAGGCGUUUACACAAGAGCUGAGGCACAAUCUGCAUCAUGCUGCUCUUCGAAUGAAAAUGCUUCAGUCACAACUCGAUCGAUUACUCGGUAAAUAUUCAGAGAUGCGCCACUUUUCCGAAAAAUGGUGGUAGAAUUUUAUUUCAUUUUCUAUCACUUAGUAGACAUCUCCAAUGAUGAUAAUCAGUUGGGGGAAGCAGUCCAUAGGAAAAAAAAAAUUCUACCACUAUUUUUCGAAAAAGUGGCACUUCUGAAUAUUUAGAGAUUAUUUAGUGAAGUUAACGGUUCGAGUACGCGUCCAAACCGCGACGUCAGAGGCGGGGGAGACGUUGGGACGCGCAUUUAUUCGAUUUCUCUUUAAGCAGCGAUGCUCUUGGAUCGUACAUAAACCGACAAUACUUUGUCGGUUUAUAAUAAACAAAUAAUGAUCAUUGUAACUCCAUAAGGAAAUAUAUUUACUACAUUAGUUGUAUAUCCGAUGAAAUUCUCAACAUCGCGGACGAAACGAAUUGACAACAUCGAAAUAUUCGAUUACCAUUCGCAGCGAAUCUGGAAAAAAAAUCGCAUAACCGACCACACGUUUCAACGUGAAUUUAGCACGAACGAUCCUGACCAAUGUUUUUUCUCAAAUGGCUGCUCGACCAAACCCAAAAUGGAAAAAACCCGACGGUGCCCGAAUAAUCGAAGAUAAAUUGACCUCCUUUCUAACAGUACGCAAACACGAGGCACCCGUAAACGCAUCGAUCGGCUCAAUAGCCAGAUGAAAAAUUUUGCUCCAAUUGUUUAAUGUCGUGGUAAAGUCUGCGCAUGAAAAUUCAAACAGCCAGAUGUUGUCGAUUAAUCCCAAGAGAUUUAACACGCUACACGAAUCCUUUAUUAGAUCGAACUUUUCGUGAUUUCGUGUAGAGUAAUCGAGAACGUCGCGUUGCUAAAGUUACGAAAGCACCGAAAUCAAAUUAAGAGGAAUCAUGGGUCUAUUGAAUAUUGCUGUUUUUCUCAUAGCCCUUGUACCGAGUUCAUUAUGUUAUAAACUGGAAAGAAAUCAAGGGACGAAUGAGAAAGAUCCGGUCAUAGAGUACUUACGACUGGAUCCCACCGCACAUCAUGAAUUGGUCUCCCUCGAAAUAACGGAACUCCGCAAGCAACAAGAGGAGGACGAGAGUCUGCCGGCCGGUAAACGCGUGCACAUACGAGCUUUCGGCUCGGACGUUGAUCUGUGGCUUCAUCCGAAAGAUUCGAUCUUAGUGACGGAAAACACGCCUAUUUACGUAAGCAGAUAUUCCGAAUAUCUGCCUGGCAAUGCCGACAUCGUAGAGUGGCCCGGAAUUAUGAAAUCCCUGGGCCAAAUCUACGAAGAUGCCGAUCGUUUGGCUUCGUUCGUAAUUUGCACGGAUAGUUAUGGAAGAACGACGGUCAACGGUCGAAUAGAAUCGAUGAACCUCGUUGUUAGAUCAUUGCCCGAGAGAGUCGUCAGUGAAUACGUAGAGCAACGACGUCCGGCGAACGCUUCGACCCAUCAAUUUCCAGAUGCCACGUAUCACGUGGUUUACAGGACGAGCGGAAUUUUGGAAAAAGCUUAUCCAAUGACGGGCUUGAACGCGAGGCGGGUUGAAAAAAGAACGAACGAAAGGCCCGGCGUACCAAAAGUCAUUUACCCGAAAAUUCUCCUGGUCAUCGAUCAUAGCAUGUACAAGCUUUACAAAAAUGACGUAAACGAGCUUUUGGAAUAUAUUUUAACUCUUGCAAACGGUAUCGAUCUCAAAUAUCGCAGUCUCGAAUCUCCGAGCUUCAGAUUCCACAUCGCCGGAAUACUUCUAGCUGUGGAACCGGAGGCUCUCCCGUACAUCUCGACCGUAAAGCUCGGUGAAGGAGCGUUUAAUUCGACCAUAGCGAUGAAGACUGCAAGAUCAUUCUUUUACUCCAUACGAGAGUCCAUUCCUUUGGCAACCUAUGACAUUGCCCUCACUCUGACCCGGCUCAAAUUCGGUUCACCGGACAACGGAGACAAUGUCUUGGGCAAAGCCUGGGUAGGGGUGACUUGCAAAGAUACUGAAGGUAACAAAGCCCUCGAUGCGGUCGCGAUCUGUCUCGACGACGGCACAUUUUCGGGUAUCCACGUCGCGGCUCAUGAGCUAGGACACACAUUUGGUCUUUGGCACGAUGCCCAACAAUCCGAUGAAUGCAGCUUCAGGAAUGGUUUUCUCAUGGCCUUUACUCCUUAUUACACGAAAAAUUCGUCAACAUUCUCCAAUUGUUCGCUUAAUGAUUUCCAACGGAAAAUCGAGUACGUACUCUCGUCGCGUGUCGAACUCGGUUUCGGUUCAAUGAUUUUAUCGUUACCGCGACCAGGCGUUGCGAUGUUUUUCAUUCGCGAUUGA